AGUAGUUGUACCAUUUGUGCAACGAGUCUGAAACUGUGAGAUAACAACUUGCAAGUGCGAUAGGAAUGUUCAAAAAACUUCACUUUGGCUAAAAUUAUUCAGUACUACUAUAAACUAGAACUAAUUAGUACAUAUAUUUGUGGAACUUCACCGAAACUGGAAGUACUAAACCCAAAAAGUAAAACGUAGUACGUUUAACAUAGUUGCAAUUUGCAGAUCUAAUUAUUUGUUCGUUACUUUUGUAGAUUGAAUUUGAACUGUUGAAGACAGGCACUAGGUAACUUAAAAAUGGUGAGUGAAGAGAUUCCUGUUGGUAAUUCAGAAAAAGGGAAGAAGUUGUUUAUUCAGAGAUGUGCCCAGUGCCACACGGUGGAGAAAGGAGGCAAGCACAAGACUGGGCCCAAUCUUCAUGGACUCAUUGGUCGUAAGACAGGUCAAGCCCCAGGAUUCUCAUACACAGAUGCCAACAAGACCAAAGGAAUUACCUGGGAUCGUGACACAUUGUGGGUGUACCUAGAAAACCCUAAGAAAUACAUUCCUGGAACAAAGAUGGUGUUUGCUGGCCUGAAGAAAAAACAGGAACGAGCUGACCUCAUAGCAUUUUUGGAACAAUCUACUCAAUCAUAGAAUUUAUAGUUAGAAAUAAUUUUCCCUAGAACAAUGAUUAUGAAAUUACUAUUUAAUAUUGAAUCACUACAUGUAAUUCUCUCUCUGAAAAUUCAUUAUGAAGUUUUACCAGUUACACAACUGCUAGAUGUAAGAGGUUUGACAGAUAUUUUAAGAUGAAAAACAUUAAAACCUGUGAAUAAUUUUUUAUAGUGUUUUUUAAAGUAAAACUCAAGUUUUAUAUAUGUAGUAAUAUCAAAUACUUCUUAAGAACAUGCAGUUUUUCAAAUGUUAGAUGAAGUAUAUUUAUCAGUUAAUAGAAAAUACCCAGUAGUAAAAUGACUGUAUUACUUGUAAUAUUAGUUUUGUAAUAGUUGGAAUUAGUAGUUUCAGUGUAAGUAAAUAAUCUAGACAAACAGUCUUUUAACAUUUUCUUAGUAGUUGCAAAGAACGAGUUAUCAUUCCUUAAUUAAAGAACAGUUUUACUUUGA